CAAUCUAUUGCACUCGAACUCUCUCCACCUUUUAUUUUCUCUGUUACACUAUUAAAAUUCUCAAAGAAGAGCAGUCGUUGCAUUUUUUUCUGGUGUAGAAGAAGAAGUUUUCAGGUGCCUGGUGAUUGUUAUAACUCAAUGGAAUUUAUGUUUUGUUGUCUGUUAAGCAUUCAGAAAAAGUGAAAAAGUAGAAGCCAAUGACAUUUUCCUCGACAGGGUAUUUGAGAUCUUCAAUAAUUCUUGUAAGAGCUGUUUUUACUGUUAUUCUGAAUGGAAACUAAUGCUUUGCCUGGUGGGAUGUUUUCUGGGAUUGGUUCAGGAAUGUUAGGCCUUGAAACGCCAUUACACCCCCAACAACAACAACCUCAAAACCUCCAAAGUGCCCAAAACCCACAUAAUUUACAUCAUCACUCACAAAUGGUUGCUUUUUCUCAUCGUGAAACUGACCACUCACAACACCAGCAAUCUGUUAAACAAGGCUACCCUUUUGUUUCCAAAACCAAACGAACAUCCCCUCUUAGUGAUGAAGAUGAGCCUGGUUUUACUCAUGACGAUGGUGCUGCUGAUGCUAAGAGAAAGUUUUCUCCAUGGCAAAGAAUGAAAUGGACUGAUAACAUGGUUAAGCUACUCAUAAUGGCAGUUUAUUAUAUUGGUGAUGAAAUUGGAUCAGAAGGGAAUGAUCCUACUGGCAAGAAAAAAGCUGGUGGAUUAUUACAAAAGAAAGGGAAGUGGAAGUCGGUUUCGAGGGCUAUGAUGGAGAAGGGGUUUUAUGUUUCACCACAACAAUGUGAAGACAAGUUCAAUGAUUUGAAUAAGAGGUAUAAGAGGGUUAAUGAUAUACUUGGUAGAGGGACAGCUUGCAGGGUGGUGGAGAAUCAAAGCUUGCUUGAUACUAUGGAUUUGUCCCCGAAAAUGAAGGAAGAAGUUAAAAAAUUGUUGAAUUCUAAGCACUUGUUUUUCAGGGAAAUGUGUGCUUAUCAUAGUAGUUGUGGCCAUGGUGCAGCUGCUGGGACUAGUGGUGCUAAUCAUUCACCAGAGGUGGCCACUGAGACAUCCCAGAUUCAGCACCAGCAAGCUCAACAACAACGAUGCCUCCAUUCAUCGGAUAAUGCUCAAAUUGCAGGCAAUUCAGGUAGAAUCGAGACAGAGGUACCGAAAUUGUCUAAAGUAGGCAGUGAAGAAGAGGAUGAUGAUGAAGAUGAUGAUGAGGAUGAUGAUGAGGAUGAUGAUGAGGACGUUGAAGAGGCAAUGGAUGGACACUCAAGGGGUCAGGAAGAUGAUGAAGAAAAUGAUGAAAAAUCUUCUCGUAAAAGGCCAAGAAAGGGAGCGUUUGCAAUGUCAUUGUCACCACUGAUGCAACAAUUGAGCAGUGAAGUUAUGAAUGUGAUACAAGAUGGGUCAAGGAGUGCUUGGGAGAAGAAGCAUUGGAUGAAGAUGAGGUUAAUGCAAUUGGAGGAGCAACAAGUCAGCUACCAAUACAAAGCAUUCGAGCUUGAAAAGCAAAGGCUUAAGUGGGUGAAAUUCAGUGGCAAGAAAGAAAGGGAAAUGGAGAGAGCAAAGCUUGAGAAUGAACGAAGCCGGCUUGAAAACGAGAGAAUGGGGCUGCUUGUUAGACAGAAGGAGUUGGAGUUGGUUGAUCUUCAGCGCCAUAAUCGGCCUCAGCAGCAUUCUUCUAACAAGAUGGGAGACCCAUCUAGCAUCACUGUGUGAAAAUGUAACAUAUGAUAGGGGGGUCACACUAGAUAGAGAUUUUAGAUGAGAUAGAUACUUCUUUGCAUGAAAGGUUUUUCAGCUUUUGUUCUUUUGAAAUUUAUUUAUGAAAUAUAGUUUUCUAGCAUAUGAAUUCUAUGUUUUCAAGUUCCAUCGUGAAAAGAGUCUUGGCUCACACAUGUCAAUUGUAUUUUAUCCAAGCCUAUGAACAAAUUGACCAUAUAAACUUGUCUUCAUUGCCACUAAAGAAUAAUCAUAUUCGUGAAGUGGUUGAAGAGGUACAUGGAAAAAAGAAAACUACCGCCUUUUUUGA